AUGUGGCUAUCGACACAAGCCUCCCUACUAACCCCGGGAAUAGCAUCUGUGGUGGAGCCCGGUCAGCAGCAUAGAGUAACAAUGAAGGAGACGGGUCAAUCUACGGAUGAUCUUCGAAAUGCACACGCUGGAGCUAUCAAGGUCCAAACCAGGAAAUCGGACCUCUUCAAAGUGAGGCAAAAGGAUAAUGAAAUACUCAGAGAGUUCUUAUCUCGAUUUCAAAUGGAACAGAUGGACUUGCCACCGAUCGCUGAUGAUUGGGCCGUUCAAGCUUUUACCCAGGGACUCAAUGUUCAAAGUUCGGUGGCUUCAGAAGUUGAAGAUGAUCAACCGGGAGUUCCCUCCGGGUCCGUUUAUCCUGCUAGACACGUCGACAGAGUCAAGAGAGAUAUUUAUCGUGAACCAAGGUCGAACAUGGAUCAGUAUCAGCCGUACAAAGAGGAUCGAAGAAGCAAUGGGUUUGGACGGAGUUCCGUACGAAAUGAAAGAAGAAAUGACCAAAGCAAGAACAACCGGGGAUUCAUGAAAAAGAAUGGUUUCGACAGGCCUAUCGGACAGAAAGAAGCAUCGAGUUUGUUAGAAUAUAACUUCUACGUUGAUGCUGCUGCUAUCGUAUCGGCUAUCGGAUGCAUCAAAGAUACCAAAGAGCCUAGAUCUCUACAAUCUGACCCAGCUCAAAGGGAUCCAAACCAGAUGUGCAAAUAUCAUGGCACUCACGGCCACAGAACAGAGGAUUGCCGAUAG